AUGUUGCAGCCAUCAUGCAUAGCUGCUACGUCUGAGAUUCCAAGGGGGUUGAUGCCAAAAACUUCGAAAGUGCGCGUGAUGUGCUAUGAAUUCGAUCUGGAAAGGGACGUGUUAGGAAAGGGUGCCUACGGCGAAGUGUACAAGGCCACCCUUGUGAGUCUGCCUGGCAAUAAUGUGAACAGGAUAGGAGGGACACAGGGAAAUCUUGUUGCCCUCAAGCGCACACUCUGUUCACACAAGGAGGAGGGUAUUCCUGCCUCCACCAUUCGCGAGAUCAUGGUGCUGAACGAGAUCGCCAAGUCGACGCGGGAUGUGGUAGGGACGGGAUCCCCGGAAUUAUUUGGAUCUGAAAAUGUCGUGAAACUCUAUGACGUCUUCUUUGAGAAAAAUGUGUUCUACAUGGCACUGGAGUUCUGUGAGGCUGGGGAUUUGUCGUGUUAUCUCAAAACACUUCCACUGCACCAUCUUACCGAUGACCGGCAAUACCGUCAAUGGGUGUGGGACUUGCUUAGUGGUUUGUACUUUUUGCACCGAAAGGAAUUUUCACACCGAGACUUGAAGCCGCAGAAUCUUGUGCUGAAAGCCGUGCCCAGCGGCACGCCAUUCUCCAAAGUCAACCUUGUCGGUGAGACAAAGAGUGAGCCGAGGGCAACGACGCAGUAUGUACUAAAAAUCACGGACUUUGGCCUCUCUCGAAUUGAGGGUAUUCCAGUAAAAAAGUACCAGCAUGAGUCUGUUACUCUGUGGUACCGUAGUCCAGAUGUCUUGCUGGGAAAUACAAACUACAACUACAGCGUUGAUCUCUGGAGUGCCGGCUGCAUUAUUGCUGAACUUGCCAGUGGGAACGUUCUUUUUCGUGGUAGAAAUAAUCUUGAACAGUUAAAAUGCAUCUUUACCCGUUUAGGACAGCCAACUGAGAGCAAUUUCCCUAGUAUGGAGCAGUACGCACUGUAUGAAAAAUUCUUUAAUGGCGUCGAUGGCAUUCAUUUAUUUCAGAAAGGAAAAGACGACGGCGGUACAAGGGUUUAUAGUGACAGCUUUGAAAAUGCAAAGCAGAGGUUGCAUUGCUACUUCACAAGGUAUGGGUCAAUAGGCAUGGUGGGAAAUAAUGGUGUGGAUCUCGUGGCACGCCUAUUGGCAUAUGAACCAAGCAAACGAAUAACGGCAGAAGAAGCCCUUCAGCAUCCCUUUUUCUGCCUUUUCUCACGCGCCGUUUCGUUGCCGCGCAGGCAAAAUGACUCUCCCAUGAUGGCCACUACAGCGGCAGAUGGGGCAAAAGAAGCAACCGGUCCUCCCCUGAAAAAAAAAUAG